UCCAUCCCUGCAUCACAAGGUCAUGGAAAGUAUGAUUCUUUGGUUAAACUAUAAGUCUAGAAUAAUAAGCAAGCAAGCCUUUGAACCAUAAAAUCUUAGAAGAACAAAAAGUACAAAAUUGAACCAUUGGUUUACAUCUUCAACACAUCGCUCAAGUCAUUUCGAUAAUACCUUUGGGGAAAAAAAAAAAAAAAAAAACCUUUCUUGCCAGCUUGAAACAAUGAUUCAAAUUUUGUUUGCACUUGUGUUGGCCGAAAUGGCAUUGAUUCUGAGUCUUCUGUUCAGAACCCCUCUAAGGACGUUGGUGAUCGUAGGGUUAGAUCGAUCGAAGCAAGGACGGGGGCCAUUGGUGGCAAAGAGCGUGGGAGGAACUGUCCUCGUCUUCUUUAGCUCUACCCUAUAUGGUGUGUUCAGUGUUCAGAAACGUUUAACAGAGGCAGGCUUUGUCAAUCCAACUGAUGAGGUUUUAAUGGCACAUCGACUCUUAGAAGCAUCUCUUAUAGGGUUUUCUUUAUUCCUUGUACUGAUUAUAGAUAGACUACACUGUUAUAUCAAAGAGCUCAAUCUGCUCAGAAAAUUCAAUGAAGAAGUUAAGAAUGUGAAAAAUGAUUCUGAGCAAAGGAAGAAUGCUGAUGCAGAAAUGAAGACAACAGAGAUUAAGCAACCGAAACUCCAAAAGCUGAAAUCGGAAGAAUAGGUUGGUGUGCAUACAUCAUUUACAUGGACUUGCAAAGUUUAUAUUAUUUCAUACAAGAAAAUAAUGGGAUCUCUUGUAAAUAACAUUAACACACAUAUGUAUAU